GUUCCAUUUUUUGGACUUUGGAGAAUUGAGGACGAGGGAAGAGAAGAACAUGGCUAGCGCCGCCGCUGCUGCCGCUGCGAUUGUGUUGCUACCAGGGAGACAAACAUUGCCGGCGACCAUGAUGAGCUUUAGUCGGAGGCUGAAUGGCCCUGUAUUCCGUUCUGUUACCUCUUGCAGUUACUCUACCUCCUUUGCAUCAAGGAAGCAGCUGAUACUUUACUCGAAGCCUGGUUGCUGUUUGUGCGAUGGCCUCAAAGAAAAACUUCAUUCUGCUUUCUCUCUUGCUUCUCCUUCGCCUGAUUCCUACUCCCUCCAUGAUGUCGAGUUGCAGGUUAGGGAUAUAACUAGCAAUCCUGAGUGGGAAAGAGCAUACCAGUAUGAGAUACCGGUCUUGGCUAGACUCCGUUCUGAUGGCACCGAGGAAAUAAUUCCUAGAUUUUCUCCACGUGCUGGAGUCGACCACAUCCAAACAAAGUUAGCAGCUGCUUUGAGUAAAGACAAUUGAGGUUCCAUUUCAUAGAAGUGAUUUAUUAUUGAUGGGCAUAUGAAAUGUUGUAUAUUUUACAGAUGGAUUAUAAUCAAUCUAGAAUGCUAUAAUUAACCAGGUUUCAGUCAUUAUCCUCUCCAUUGCAGGAUCUUGCUUUUCUUAUAUACAAUCUGGAAUUGAAAUCUCAAUCGCCUGUCUCUCCUCUUCUUAUAUAAAUCUUCUGAAUGAAUUUGAUUCUAAACACCGCUUCCCAAUUACCAAAUGUUGCAAAUCUGUUUUCUACAUGGUGGUAGUUGUUGGUGCAUGCUUUGUUUGUUUCUCUA